CCUUCUUCUGGGCCCUGGGGAGGGGCAAGUGGACUGCUGCGUGUUGGCCGAUCUAUCCGACGCAGCUGCUGUGUCUCAUUCGAUCUAUCAUCCCUCCUUGUCCUCGCGUGCCCGCUGCCAUGACUCCUGAGCAGUCUAGCUCCAGCAUUGUCGGGGUGGUGGUGGGCGCAGUGCUGUUGUUUGCGGCCAUGAGUUUCGUCCCGCUUGCGAUCCUCAUGUACCAUCGUCGAACACACCCCCUGAGACGCGACAGUGAGCUCCGCGACCUCACCACAGACGGCACCAUGCGCCAAGUCUCCGUCGAGAGAUGGCUGGAAGAGCAGACCCGGGCGGAUAACGAGCACUGGGAGUACGCGCAGGAAUCCUGUCCUAUCUGUUUAUCGGGUCUAUUGGCCCCCUCUCAAGACACCCUCCCGUAUCCGGAGCCCGCCUGCAUCGCACCUUCGCCCCCGGAUGAAGCGACCCCAGAGUCCAUGGAGAGAGGUCGGGCCGGAGGGGGGAGGAAUAUCCUGGUCCUGAAUCGAUGUCACCACGCAUUCCAUGCUUCCUGUCUGGCCUCCUGGUUCGAGUAUCACCAGUACAGGUGCCCAACGUGUCAGACAUCCUAUUCUCCUCGCAGGUAGGACGGGUCUGCAGUUGUAAUGGGGCUCCUUCUAUGUCCUCGACAGUGCAUCGCGCCAAGACAAUGGUAUUCUGGUCGGGAAACUCUAAGUUUGUUAGGUCCACAGCCACCGGUCUCAAUGAAGUCAUGUACACGAAACAUGUGAUUUUAGACAGACACUCGGGGAGCGUUCUGAACGACCCACGAGUUAUCACUGCCUGUCAUGCAACACUUGAACAGACACUUUGUGAGGAACCUUCUGGGCGACUGCUCAAAUCAGGGCGUCAGAUAAGUGAAUGUCGAGGCAUGUAAUUUUAACCGGAAAAAACUUCGCAAUGUACGCCUUAAU